AUGCUAAAGAAGUUCAACUUUUGGAAUCAAUGUCUGCAGAAGAAUGAGGACGAUUAUUUUGGUUCUCUCGGCAGAUUUUUAUCAGAGAAUAAAAUUCAACUUAACGAAAACAUUAAAACAGAUAUUAAUGAUCAUCUAAAACAGCUUCAAGUAAGGUUCAAAGAGUUGUUUCCUAACAGACCUGAAUCAGACAACUGGAUAUGCAAUCCUUUUGGAGGAAAUAUAAGUUCUAACACUUCUUUAUAUUUAUUGGAAAAAGAAAAGCUCAUUGUUUUAUCAUCUGACAAUUCUCUAAGAGCUAGGCCAAUAUAUUUUUUCGAAAAAUCAUAA